AUGGAGAAAACCCCUGAUGAGAUUUACAGUCUUUAUGAAAAUUUAAGUGAAAAUUCUAGAGAUCAAGCCUCUUUUGAAUUAUAUGAUAGGGAUAAGAAGAGAGGAAUUUAUGAAUUGCAUCAUGAUGACUAAAUUGAGAAAUGAUGUUAAUCAGAUUAAUCAAAGAUUAGAAAAACUUGAUUUACUUAUUGACAAUAUUAGAAAGCCUCUUAACCCUCAAUUUAAUUCAAAUAGUACAUCUCCUAUGUAUGGUGAAAAUGAUUAUUCUGAAUUUCAAUACUAUAAUUUAGAUCAAUCAUUUCACCCUAGGCAAGAACAAGUGCAAGUAGCUCACGGUUUUAAUAGAAAUAGGGAACCUUUUUCAAAUUCUUAUAAUCCUAAUUGGAAGAAUAAUUUUUCAUGAAAAUAAUAUUCAAAAUUCAGAAGCACUUAGACUCAAUUCAAACUCUAAAUUUCGUCCAAAACAAGAAUAUAGAUUUCAGAAAAAUCAGCCCUCUCAAACCCAACCUGAUACUAUGGAAAUGAUGCAGCAAAUGAGCCAAAUGAUGCAACAAACUAUGAAUCAAAUGAUGUUGCACUAGAAACAAAUUAUAGAAACUCUUGGGAAUAAGAGAGAAGAGGGACAGCCACCUAGUCAGCCCAUAGAAAAUUCAGGAAACUGUCCAAUAGUAGGAUUUCAGCAAGGAGAGUCUAGCUGGAUAAAUUUAGAAAAAAACCCACGAAAUGAAAAUGUUAGGACAGUGAAUACAUUGAGUGAGAAUGUUUUACCAAAUCCAUAUUUCCAAUUAUUAGAAGAAAUUGAUGAGCCAAUAGAAGUAAAUGAGAAUAUUAAGGCUAGAAAUAUAGUAGCAGAAAAUUUGAAUAAAAUCAUUUAUUGCUCACAAUUGAUGAAUGAAUAUAGUGAGGAUGAUGAGGAGAAAGAGCCCUUAGAAUGAAGAAUCAUCCAAAUUUUAGUAGAAGGGAGUAAGGACAGAAAUGAAGAGAAACAUAUUUCAGGUGAGGAAAAAUCAGUUGUUUUGGGAGAUGUAGGAGACAAAAUUAAUAAACCUAAUCAUAAUUUUGCAGCCAUGGAUGUUGAUAGUGAGGAUGAUGAUGUAUAUCAUAUACCAAAAUUAAAAGAUAGCUCUUGGGAAGAUGAAGAAUUUGAUGAGUUGAGAAAUGAAAAACUAGAAAAAGAGUUAAUUCAACUAAUGGAGAGAAACGAAAAUAAUGAAUAUGAAUAUAGAGAUAAUUUUGGAGGAGAAAAUUUGAAUUUUACUGAAUUCAUUAGAUUUGAGAUUAAAGAAGGUAAUCCUUCCAUCAUUCAAAACCCACAGCCCAUUAGAAUUAUUUCUAAGCUUGAAAUAUUUCACUCCUCGCAAAUUGAACAAAUAUGUAUGGAAGAUAAAAUGGAGCAGGGGAAGAUUAUGUAGAUAAAAGAACACAUUAAGAAAUGGGUGAGUGGAAGAAUUAGAGAUAUCAUUUAGAUGAAAAGAAUUUAGAUUGGGUAAGAGCUAAUUUGAAAAUUAUAUGGCCUGAUCACAUUUUAUGGUCUAUUAAUAGAAAGAGUAUUUAUUAAUGAAUGAGAGCCUUACAAAACAAGAUAGAAAUAAGGAAAGAUUCUUUUCAAAAUGGAAAUAUUAUUUUUGGGAAAAUUUUGUUAAUUUCCAUUUUUUUUUGGCUGAAAGUAUGUCAAGGUAUAUAUAUGAAGUAUAUGAAUUUAUGCUAAAUCUGAAAAAGAAUAUCAUGAAACUUACCUAGGGAUAGAAAUAUAUUUUGAUGGCCAUAGAUCAUCUUAUAUGAUCUAAGAGCUGUCCAGCUGAAGAUAUUAAAUCUAGUGCUACAUGGGAGGCAACCCAUGGUUUUUAUUUCAUUCUGUUUGAUUUUUUUCUAAGCUCUAUUUUUCUUAGAAUUUUGCAGUACUUGUUUUUGUAUUUGUUUUUUCGAAAAAGUGCAGGAGGAGGAGUGUAAGAUGAAGUGAAAAAUUAAAAACGAGGUUGGGGUGAUGUCUUUCUGAGUUUUAUCAAUUAUGAAAAUAUUUUUAAUGCUUAACUUUGCGCAUAUGCAUGCUUCACUUGAAAAUUAUAUUUUCUACAUAUUCUAUUUUGAUUUUCUGUGUCAUUGAGCACAAUGUCAUUUUUAAGUUGGGGGGUGAAGUAUUCAUUAUUAAUUUAUGCUGUAGGAUGAUUAAGAACAUGUGUUUGCAUUAGAACAGCAACUGAAAAAAAAAAAUAAUAAAUAAAAUUCGUAAAAACUGCAAUAUCUAUUUUCUGAUUUUCUGUUAGGAACAACAGACAAAAAACAGCCUGAAAUUUGAAAUUCUAGAGACCCUUUUCUCACAUUUCAAUCUCCUAGACAUAUAUCACUGAAAUUCGAAAUUACAACUAUAAAGAGGAUAGUUUUGAUUUAUUUUUGACAAAUUUAUUGUUGCUAAAAAUAGAACUAAAAACAGAAAAUAGAAUUGUCAGAACUAUCUAAUUUACAAAUUUCUUACAUCAUAUUGCAUGCAUGAAAAAUUAAAUCAAUUAGAUUGAUUAACCAAAAGAUACUAGGAAGAUUAUUAUUGAGUCAAAAGAAUGAUCUAGUAGCAUGAAAUGUUGGAAUACUCCUUGGAUACAUGAUAGAUAACAUGGAUUUGAUUUUACAGAUUUUCACUUCAUGAUCUUGAUGGAUAGUAUUUACUUGAUGUGAAAAUUUGAUUGAUCAUUUGAGUUUAAUAGAGAUUUUUGCACCCUGAUCUAUAGGACUUGUGAGGAGAAAUCAUUUAUUUUGAAAAAAAGAGGGAGAGCAAUGUGAAAAAUCUAGAAACGAAGAGUACACAUGGAGGGUGUGAGACAUUAUUCUCAUUGUCGAAAAUCGUGUAUAGAAAAACACUUACUGCAAAAUAAGUGGAUAAAGUGAAAGCCCUGAAAAUGAAGAGUACACAUGGAGGCUGUGAGACAUCAUUCUUAUUGUCAAAAUUUGUCUACAGGAAAAGCUACUUAUCCACUAUAUAUAUCAAAAAAAAAAGAAGGAAGAAAUAUAGUGCACACUUCAAAAAUCAAGCCAUGGAAAAAGGGAAAUGUAGGAUCAAUAUUAUUCUUAGAUGAUUAUUGAUAAUUGGAACAUCUUGUAAAUAUAUCUAUGAGUAAAGAAGUGAUAAAGAUGUGAAUAGAAGAAGUGAAGUCUAGAUUGUUAUUCCAAGGAGUACUUAAACAUCUAAGUGCUUGACAUCAUUCUUAAAUACUUGAUAUAAGAGUCCAAAGUGUCUAAAGGUGCAUCAUUUCUAAUUGUAUUUUAUUUUCUUUCUAUAUUGAAAUAUGAUGUUUGAGAUUUAUAAAUUUUUAUUUUCGUAAUUCCAUUGCUAAGGGACUAGCAAUGAUUUAAGUUGGGGGGUGUGAUAAGUCUUUAAUAUCAUGAGUUAAUAAUUAGUAAAUAAUAUAGUUUUAGCCUUAACUCAUGAUAAAUAGACUUAUAUUUGUGUUAAAGUGUGAAAAGUAGUUUUCAGUUGAUUAACGUGAAUUUUUAGGUAAUUAUGUGAGUUUAUAAGAUUUUUACAAUCUUACUUUUGAGAUAAAUAAAGGAAAAGAAAUUAAAAUAAAAAUAUAGCAAAAUUGGGGGACCUGCCAGCCAGUCGGGGCAAGCAGGUCGGAAGUGUAGUCGGGGAGUAGCCGCGAGCAGGGGCUUGAGCGGCUUGAACCGAUGGGGGCACGUGUGCGCCACUCCCCUUCCACAUCACCGGUGGCCAGCCGACUGUGGGGCAAGGAGUGGUCAUACACGUGCGAGAAAGGGACUUGCUUAGAAAUCUAACAUUACUAUAUAUUCGUCCGAAAAUUUGACGCACAACCGAUGUGGGACUAAACCCGCGUCACCUUUUCAAAAGGGGCGGGGCAACCGCCGUGGGUUCGAAUCCUCCCAGAGCCUAAACUCAUCUUUUUUAUCUGAUUAUCGCGACUUUUCUGCAGAUCGUUGGUGAAGGAUUAAGCAACCAGAAUCGCUGGAUCAUCGGUGAAAAUCUCGUCAAUGCGAUUCGCAGAGCAUUGUUACUAAAAUUGCUGAACAAUUCGUGAUUAGUCUUCAUUAUCAUGAGUUAAUAAUUAGUAAAUAAUAUAGUUUUAGCCUUAACUCAUGAUAAAUAGACUUAUAUUUGUGUUAAAGUGUGAAAAGUGUUUUUAGUUGAUUAAUGUGAUUUUUUAGGUAAUUAUGUGAUUUUAUACAAAUUUAUAUGCUUUUUACAGUCUUACGUUUGAGAUAAAUGAAGAAAAAGAAUUAAAAAAAAAAUUGCAAAAUGGGGGGACCCGCCGGCCAGCCAGACCCGCGAGCGGGUCGGAAGCGCAGUCAGGAAAUAGCCGCGAGCAGGGGCUCAAGCGGCUUGAACCGAUGGGGGAACGUGUACGCCACUCCCCUUCCACGUCACCAGUGGCCAGUCGGCUGUGGGGCAAGGAGUGGUCAUACACGCACGCUUGAUCGGGAAUGUAAUAUUACUUUAUAUUCACCAGAAACUUCGGCGCACAACCAAUGUGGGACUAAACCCGCGUCACCUUCCCCAGAAAGGGCGGGCAACCGGUGCGCGUUCGAAUCCUCUCAGAGCCAAAACUCAUAUUUUUUAUUUGAUUAUCGUGACUUUCUUGCAGAGCGCCAGUGAAGGAUUAAGCAACUAGAAUCGUUGGAUCAUCGGUGAAAAUCUCGUCAACACGAUUCGCGGAGCAUUGUUACUAAACAUGCUGAACGAUUCACGAUAAAAGGAUCUGGAAUCCAUCGAGUAAAGCAUCUCCGAUUGAUCGACAAACAAGCCGUCGUCGGGAAGAGGACGAUCUGUUGGGAGACGAGUCGCCACCUCCUGAGAGCGUACCAGAUACGAUGAAGAGCCUCCUCUUGCUGCGCAGACCCGAGGAUGAAGCUCCCUGACAUGCGCCCCACCUCCAUCCAGCUCCUCUCCGUCGGGUGACAGCCGCCGGAGAGCCGCAAAGUUGCCGUUUUUCCGCUCCGCCGGGUGACAGCCGCCGAAGACGAGUCAACGACCCAUUUCAUUAAUCUCUAGACUUCUCAAGGAGAUCUAGAGAUUGCCCACGUCAUCUUUGUCCAAGGAGAGCCUUCAAGGCUGUGGACACUACAAGACAAUCCUCCCAAACGCUCACGAUUCCGGUGCAUUGCCGACGCAUCGCCGCCACGAUGCCGGAACUCUGUUUUCUUGCUUUCAACUUAAUUUACGCUUCAUUUAGUGAUACCUUGUGUGAUUUUAAUUUACCAAAAUAUACUUCGUUCAAUUACGAUUCUUCCGGCUUUUACAGAUCUUAAUUUGAUCAAUUAAAUCGUGUGUAAUCGCUUACAUAAGAAUCGCCGGGUGGAACUCUGUUUUUUCCCGAUUCGCAAUCGUCGGGCACUAACGUCAUUUUGACGUCCGCACCCUUAUUUCCUUUUUUCGUGAAUUUUAAAUAUAUUUCUUUUUCAUUUCCUAAUAUAAAAUUCAUAGAAAAUUAUAUUCAUUGAGAAAAAAUCUGAAUAAUUACCAAAUAUUAUAUUACAUCCUUGUGAUCGACCAAGAAAAUUACUAGUAUUUGAGGAAGUUUUAUUGAAUUAUAAUUGAUACAUUUGUUCAGAAAUACUUCUAAAUAUCUGAAAAAUCGUAUUUUCUAGUUUUAUAAAUUUUAGAUUUGCAUGAUUUAAUAUACAACGACUGAGUCACGUCAAUUCGCAAUACAAGGAUCGUGAAUCCAUCAAGUAAAGCAUCUCUGAUUUAUCGAUGA